AACAAAACCAAGCUCCUUGCCCAGAUCAGUCAUGGCCCUAACUGCAGUAAUGUCUAUCUUACUGACUAUCAACAUCAUCUUUUUUAUAUUAGUCAUACAGAAAACAGACGGCAAAAUGAACAAUGAAUCAAAAUUAGAGCACUAUGACUUCUGUAAUAUAAACAGCACAACUGAUGAGUGUAUCAGAGAUUUAACUUCUCAGCUUCAAGAAUGCAAAAGUGAUAUUAAUAAAGGACAACAUGACUGUAACAUUAAUGGAUGUGUCGGACUUGACAUCUUAAAGGACCAUCUGAAGAAAACCUGUAAUAAAGAGGUGGUCACUGGAGAUAUGAACUGUUCAUUUUGCCCAUUUGAAUGGUUGCAGAAUUUCAACAAAUGUUACCUAAUUUCUACGGAAAAUAAAACAUGGAUGGACAGCAGGAACUUUUGUAUUUCACAUAAAGCGGACCUCGUUAUGAUUAAAGAAAAGAGUGAAUUGGAAUUUCUGCAAAAUAUAUUGAAGAACGCAGAGGGCUUUUAUUGGAUUGGACUAAGGAAAGACUCCAGUCAAAUUUGGAAGUGGGUUGAUGCAUCACCCCUUGACAGAUAUGCAUUUCAAAAUGUUUUUGAACGAAGUGGCACUCAUGCCUGCAUAUCAAAGAGAAAUUUCUCCUCUGGCUUGGGUCGCUCAAAGAAAAUGUGCAUUUGUGAGAGGCCAGCUGUUAUAAUUUAACAAAGGAACCUGAACUGCCCACCUGAAGUACGAAACCUGCAAGUCGAACCAGGCUCAUAAAGUACAAAUUCUUAAAUUGUUUGGAUCAUAUUUGUGUAAUAUGUUAUUCUAACUAGACAGUGUAGUGCAAAAUAAAGCAUACUAUUUACUAAAUAUACGAGGGUCGUUCAAAAGGUUUCAGCACUUUUAUAUUUUUGUUGGAAACGGUGAAGGUGGGAGGAGAAGUAAUUGGGCAUUAAAAAUUUGGUACGACGCUGGGAAAAUUGCAUCGCAAACGAAGGUGACUACGUAGAAAAGUGAUGUAAUUUGU